AUGGCUUUACAGCCUUUUACAAACGAGCAGCUGAAUUACUUCAAAUUUGCCUCAGUUGUAGUAAAUGAGUUCGCCACUGCUUUGCGCCAGACGUUCAAAUCCAUGUGGGACAAUAGAUUUGGACAUCGUCCCGGAUAUCAACUGUGGGAUAACUCCACGGUAGUAAGAAAUUUGUUUCUCGCUGAAGAAGGUGGAAAAAGCAAAGUUCCUACACACAUCUCCUGUGAAGAAUGGGAUUGUACCGCUCUGUUCCAGGCCACCAUUUAUGCAAGGUCCUUCGCUACGCCAGAUAGCAAAGGUCAUUACAAGACACUCAGUGAAAUGUACGUAAGGCACCAUAAAGUACCUCCCGGAAAGUUCCAUCCAUCUGUUGUGAGUCCAAGUGGAAAUACCGCCGAAAUCUUCGCUCUUGCGAUUGAUCAGCUUCGACUUUUACGAAACUCCUUUUGUCACGCAAACAGGUCAGAGAUUGAUAAACCAACCUUUGACCAAUACGUGAAGCUUGCUAAAGAAGCAUUCAAAGCUCUUGGAAUCAUAACAGAUCCCAUUGAUGCCAUCGGUGGACUGACAGAGUCUGACUUUCCCACCAAAGAAGUUCGCAAAUUGGAAGAAAGUCUUAGACAGGAGACCAGAUCAUACAUCGAGUGUCUCGAAGAACUAAGAUCAGGUGUCGAGUGUCUCGAAGAAGUGAAAUCAGGCGUCGACAAAUUAAUAGCACAGGGGAAUGCGAUAAAAGAAAAAGUUGAUGACCUCGCUUUGUUGAAGGGAGAAAUAGAUGAUUUGAAACUUAACAUGGAUGAAGAUCAAACAGGUAUAAACUGAUUAAAAGCUUUACAGAAUUUUUUGAUUAACAACAAUUUAAGAUGUAAUAUGGCAGUCUUAUAACCAUUAGUUUGGCAGGGAGGAACUGAAAAGAAAUAGUAGCGUUUCUUCUCUUUACUCUAGUAGUAAUAGUUCAACGGGGCAACUUCCAGUUUUCGCAAAAGUGCUUCGUACAUGUCUUGAAAAUCCUGUCUUCGUCCCUAAGAUGAAUUUAUUCUAUAAUCAGAAUACCACCUUAAACAAUCUGUUAUCUUUUAUUUUAAAACAAUUUGUUUAAGAAGUAAGCCGCAGCCAUUACAUUUACCGGCAUCGUGACUCUUGUGGGAUGUUGUUAACAUUACAACCUCACGGAAAGAGCAAGAAGCUCAUGAUUAAAGCUGUCCCUAAAACAUGAUUUCCACAUUUUUAAUGGUAAAGUAAAAUGUACUUUUUAUUAUCAUCGUUAUUUUUCUCUUCAAACUACCGACAUGAGCUCUUUCAUAAUUGCAUCAAUUUGCUUCUUUUAAGAUUCAAAGCCAUUCCUUCCACCAUCAAAUCUUCCUUCAAAGGUUCCACACUUCACUGGCCGUCAGAGAGAAUGUGAAGACAUCAGCAGUCACUUAACUUCCAAACGCUCCCGGAUCGUGUCCAUAUGGGGCUCGCCUGGUUUUGGUAAGACUUCUGUGGCAACUGAAGUCGGACAUCGACUUCAAACUGGUGGACUUCUCGUAUACUUCUUCUCCAUGAGAGGGCUUCUUUCAAAGGCCGAUCUGACCACGCAGCUUCUGAGCUUCUUUAGAAGACACUCCACAAGAGAUCAAAUUCCUCAGCAGAUGUCCAUAGAAGAAGAACUUUUUCUCUUUCUAAGAGACAUUUCAGGUGAAUUUGUGAUGAUUCUUGACAAUGCCGAUGAAUUACUCGAAAGUGGAGCACCGAAUGUGAAGGAGGAUUUCAUAAACCUUCUCGUACUCAUUCUCAGUCAAUUCAAGAAUUUAAUAUUUCUUCUUACCACAAGGGAAUCUCUUGAAUUUAUGAAUGUGCAUUUUGAAGGCCAUCAAGCAGUAAGAAUAGGGCUAUUACACGAGUCCUUCUCUCAAACCUUAGUCGGCGGAUUACUUCCUAAAGCGACCGCAUCUGACUGCACGAAAAUUGCGAAAAUCUGCGGGUUCGUACCUUUGGCCAUGAAACUGUUGUGUUCCUCCAUUACUGAAGAUAAUGCUCAGCCGAGUCAAUUUUUAGAUAGCCUCAAGGAAUCUAUAGAAAGUAAUAUUUUCGAGCUGUUGGACAAUCCAGAUUAUCCAAGCUAUCUGCGAUUGAAGCUCCUAUUUAAAUCUUCUUAUCAGAAACUCUCUUUAUCCGAGAAAGAAGCGCUGGUAUCACUUAGUGUUCUUUCUGGAGAUUUUCACCACUUGGUCGCUACAGCUGUCAUGGGUGUAAAAACAGCUCUGGAGGCCAAGAAAAUCUUGCAUAGCCUUCGGAGAAAAUCCUUCCUCGACUCUAGCUCCAAACCUGAGUCAUUUUCGAUGCAUAAGUUGGUUCUGUCGUUUGCAAGAGAAAGAGGUCAAGAUGAAAUGAAAGAAACCAUGCUGAACUCCAAAGCACGUUUGUCUGCAUUUUACGUCUCUCUUUUCGAGAAGCUAAAUCAACAGUUUUUGACAGGACAAUCCAUGCAAGCAUUUAUUGACUUCUAUGAAGAGAAGCAGAAUAUUAUUCAGAGUCUUAUGGAGAGCUGUUCCAAUCCUAAGACAUGUGACGUUGCAUUUGGUGUCCUGACAAAAGCAGAAUUUUUUCUAGAUUCCCUUUUCUGGUGCGAGGGAAAAGUCUUUAACAAAAUUUACGAGCACGCAAUUGAAAAAGCUCAGGCGUUUGGAAAGAGCGUGUUUUACAAUCAGUUACUUGUGUCCUUGGCAUUUGCCGAAGUGACUUGGGGGAUACAUGGAAGAUCAAUGACGCUUCUCAAUGAAGCCGAAGGCCUUUCUUUGUCGGUAGAUGAUAAAAGAAAAAUCCUGUGUUAUAGAGGCAUCUGUCAACUGGUCUCAGGGAAAAAAGGCGACGGCACAGAAAACUUACAAAAAGCUCUUUCCUUGAUGAGUGACAGCCCCGAAGAGCGAAUUCUCAGAGUAACUGUUCUGCAAAUUCUUGUUACUUACUUUCUUUUCAUUGAAAAGAGAGCAACUUCCUUAGGGCUUUACAUCAAAGCCUUACAUGAAUGCAGAGCAUUAGGAGAUGCAAGUCUCCUUAUUAUUCCUCCAGUGAAUAACAAAGAAUUGAGAAUGAUCGAGGCAGAUAUGCCGGAACCAGACGUAACAACCACUCAACCACUUAGAUUAGAAAUGAUUGUCGUUCUUAGCAAGGCAACAGAAAAGUUCUCUGAUUAUGAAACAAAGCAAGCAAUAAGCAAAUGUGUGCUAAAGAUGUCAAAUCAAACAGAGAAACAGAUCCUCCCACAUUCCGUUGGUUUAUGGACCUUCCAGCGCAACAUCAAUUCGACACUUUAA